CGAGAACCUCUAUAAAUUGACGGAUCCUUGAAUGCAACAGUCAUGUGAACUUUGUAUCUUCGUUACAAGCUAUCAACUGAUUAAUCAGUGUUGAGAGAGAUACGAAAAAAAGAAGAAGAAAAAAAAUAAUUCCAGAUUCACUGAAUUCAACAUGUUUCUAUUAGUUCUUUUGGCCUCAGUCUCGAUGGUAUUUGGAGCACCACAAUGGUAUGGGGGUGCACCUAUUGGAUACGGUCACAAUCCAGCACCAUUGGGACCGGAUGGUAGAGUUGUUGAUACACCGGAAGUGGCACAAUUAAAAUCAGCUCAUUUGUCAGCUUUAGCUGAAGCUGCUGCUCGAGCUCCCUCAGGUCCUGCGGGGCCCUACGAUGGACAUUCUUCUUAUCCUGCGGGAAAUUACGUUUCCCAUUACAGUGGACCUCCAGCACCUUUGGGACAUGAUGGAAGAGUAGUUGACACACCGGAAGUGCAAGCAGCGAAAGCACAUCAUUUUGCACUUUACAAUGCUGAAGCACAAAAAGCAGCAGUCGCUGCACCCGCUGGACCAGGAGGCUGGAAUCCAGCAUGGAAUGGUGACUGGAAUGGACACUAUGGACAAUAUUAGGAAAUGAAAAAUAAUAAUUAAAAAAAAAAAAAAACUAAUUUCGACCUGGAAUAAACAUUUGAAACAAUAUAUAUUGAAAGAAGAUAAAAAUUCUUUCAUUAUAAUAAUUUAUCGUAUAUAAAACUACCUCUCGAUGGAAAGACUCAAAGCUCGACAAUAUAAAAUCGUCUAAGAUCCAUUUUUUUUUAAUCGAUCUUUUUUUUAUACUUGAAAAAUAUUAGAGUUUUCUAUUAUUUAAAGGCUGAUGAUUAGACGAUUUGCUUAUGAAUAAAAAACGAAAAAAAAAAUUGAAACUUUCCUUUAGAUCUCUA